UUUUUAAGAUAGAAAAUUUUGUUUUAUAUUAUCAUAUUGUUGACGAUAACAAUAAUUCUAAAGAACACGUUUGGUGUAUAGAACAUUUUAAAAAAUUUUCUGAUGAUGAAAGUAAUUUAACAGUAGAAGGUAUUAAUAAUGACUUUGUUGAAGAAGAAAAAGAAAAUUUUGGUGGAAGAGAAUCGAUGAAUCAAAAUAAAAAAUUUAAGACAUUUAAGGAUUGUGCGUCUGACAGGUUUAAAGAUGUUGAAUAUAAAAAACUUUGCUCAAUUGAUGAUAUACAUCUUAUAGCAGAAAAUGACACUGAUAAACAUAUGAACAUAUUUAAAAUCCAAGCGAGACAAGAAAAUUUUACUCUUGGAACUUAUUUUUUAGAGGAAAAAAGAAAAUUUUUAAAUACUGUAAGAUUUUUUGGUGAUACGAAAAAAUCCUCUGUACAAUCAUCAGAUUCUGAAUCUGGUGAAGAUGAAGAAAUUGAUAGCGAAGAUGAAGAUAUUGGUCCUACAGAUUUUGUUGAAUUAAUUAAAGAGUUAGCAAAUCGUUGUAGUCAAUAUGAAAAUAACAUUGACAAUUUGCGCGAAACACUUAUACGAAAAGCAAAGGAACUUGAUUCAAAUAUACAUAAAUGUCGUGAUUUGGACAGACGUGCAAAGGAUUUGGAUGAAAACAUAUUGAUGACUAAGUCAAGAUCAACAAAAGAAAUGGAAGAAACUAUUAAUUUGGCAGAUCAAACUACUCAAGAAAUAGCUGAUAAAUUAACUUCAAUUCAUACACGUAUUCAUGAUAAAAGUGAAAAAUUAAAACAUCAUCAAGAAAUUUUAAAGAAGUUGAAAAAUCAAGUUGAAUUUGAAAAAAAAUCGUCAAAGAUUCUUGCUCAAUGUAGAAUGAUUUUAGGAGCGACAAUUACUUUAAAGUUUUCUAUAAAUACCCGCCAAGAAGUUAUAUACUGUAAGUUUUAUAAUAUUCUCUCUUAACGAUACCGGUUAAAUAAUGUAUAAUUAAGAGAGAUAUUUUAUCCCAAAAAUAAUCAGAUAGAUAGUAAAUAGGUUUUGAUUCAUAAAUCUUACACGCUACAGACAAUGUGAUGUAUUUCGCUGCUAAAGUAUAAAAAAUUUUCUUGUGCUGCGCUGGGAAUGUUCUUCGAUAUUUGUAAUUUCUUUAUUUUGUUACAAUUUGUCUUCCGAAAAAUAUAAAUUGAUCCAUGCGAUAACUCGUAACACGCGUAAUAAAGAUGAACGAGUGAAAAUUGUUAAAAAUGAAGGAUAAGUUAAUUGUUUCAAGCUAUUCACAACAAUCAAAA